GUGACACGACGGCGAGAGACGCGUUCUAGCCAGCGACGUGGAGUGAUCGCGGCCCGUCCCCGUGUCCGUUUCGAUGGUUUUACGUUCCGUUGCGGCAGCCGGCGCGCCACCAUCGUACAUCCCGGAUAUCGUGCUCGACCAGCGUAGUGUAUUCCGGCGGUGGUGUUCUCGAGAACGCGGUGCGGAUACGCGAGGCAGCGGCUGACACAUCCGCGUCCGAUCGCGAGUGAGUGAGGAAAGGGGUGAGGAGGAUCGCGAUCCGCGGGGGGAGAAGAAGGCAGAGAGAGAGAGAGAGGGAGACGAACGAAAGAGACAGAGCCACUGACGUGUGCGGGCGUGUAUCGAGAGAUACGGACGCAACGCGACACACACACACACAGACACACGCGGCAUCUCCUGGCAUCUCGGGAUAAAUAACGCGGCAGCGUAACCUCGCGCCGCCGGCAACGACGUUCAUUCAUUCAAGAAUGCGUUAAUUACGCGUGGCCGAACGCUUGAAACGUGCGUGUCGGUUGCUUCGGUUACGUUGUGACGUGCGUUACACUCGCUCCCGCCCCCCCUUUUUUUUUAAUUAUUUUCCGGAGACAGUGAAACGACGCGCCGAGGAUUAACGGCGGGUCCAAGAUGCUCAAGUUCAUCAGGGGAAAGGGCCAGCAGCCCACGGCCGAACGGCAGAAGCUGCAGAAGGAUCUCUUCGCUUUCAGAAAGACGGUGCAGCAUGGUUUUCCGAACAAGCCAACCGCUCUCGCCUGGGAUCCGAGUCUGCGGGUGAUGAUCAUCGGCACGGCAUCCGGCGCCAUCAAAGUUUUUGGAAGACCAGGUGUAGAAUUUUACGGACAACAUUCUGUCGAAAGUGGUGAGAAUGCCGUCACGAAGAUCAUCCCACUACCAAAAGAGGGUCGCCUCGUGUCUUUGUGCGAUGAUAAUUCGCUACAUUUAUGGGAAAUCAAUGAAUGUUCCAUAGUGGAAACAAAGUCAUUGUCGUUGGAGGGUAAAUUGAAGAAGAUCUCCGCGAUAUGCCUCGAAUCCUGCGGGAAACAUCUUUUAUUGGGAACAGAGGGGGGUAACAUCUAUUUGCUAAACUAUGAAACUUUCACCAUGCCGGACAAUAUUAUUUAUCAAGAUGUCGUGAUGCAAAACGUUCCGGAAGACUACAAGAAAAAUCCAGGGGCAGUUGAAGCCAUAGCCGAGCAACCAGGACAUCCAGACAAUAUUUUAAUCGGUUACAAUCGAGGCUUGAUGGUGCUAUGGAACAAAGCCACUCCGGGAGCUCAACAGCUGAUGGGUUUGUUUUCGCGUGCGCAGACAUUCGUCUCCACGCAGCAGCUGGAAUCGGUCCAUUGGAUCUCCGAGAAUCGCUUUGUCUCAUCGCACAACGACGGUUCAUAUGCAUUCUGGAGCCCGGGCAGCGACGUGAUGCCGGAGCCCACGACACUUUACGGCCCGUUCCCGUGCAAAGCCGUCACCAAGAUCCUCGUAUAUCCCACCGCUGAACACGGCGACCUCUUCCUAUUCUCCGGUGGUAUGCAACGUGCCAGUCACGGGGACCGACACACAAUUACUGUCAUGACCAAGGAUAAACACUUGGUUUUCGAUUUCACGUCCAAAAUCAUCGACUUUUUCACCGUUUUCCCCGAAGGAGAAGACGGAGGAAAUAAUGAAAACCCUGUUGAUCCGGAAGCGCUCAUAGUGUUAGCCGAGGAAGAAGUGGUAGCCAUCGAUUUGACGAAUCCUGAAUGGAAGAUGAUGCCUCUGCCUUAUUUAGUAUCUCUUCAUGCGAGUGCGGUGACCUGUUCCCAACACGUGCCCAAUGUGCCCGAAGAACUUUGGGAGGCGAUCAUAGCUGCAGGUAAAGCACAAACGGAGCAUCUUUACUCGGACAAGGCGUGGCCCAUCAACGGUGGGAAUUUCCUCUGUUCCAUAAAUCUCAACAAGUCUAAGGGCAGAGAGCUAUUGCUUACCGGGCACGAGGACGGUACUGUGAGAUUUUGGAACGCUUCCGACGUUUCUCUGACUCCACUGUACAAAUACAACUCGUCGAUUUUGUUCACCGGCGAGCACCUGGACGUUCUCGAACAACCGCCGGAAGAUGACGAGGACGAGUGGCCGCCGUUCAAGAAGGUGGGAAUCUUCGAUCCGUACUCUGACGAUCCGCGACUCGCCGUCAAGAAGGUUGUUCUUUGUCCAUUAUCCUCGACCUUGGUGGUUGCCGGCACGGCCGGUCACAUUAUCGCCGCCACCAUCUCUUCGGAGCCGGUCAACAAGGAAAUAAAAGCCGUUACAAUGAACAUCGUCAACGAUCGUGACGGAUUCGUGUGGAAAGGUCACGAUCAUCUGCCGCCGAGAACGACAAGUAUAUCGUUCGCGGUUGGAUUUCAACCACAGAGUCUUCUCCAGUUGUAUCCACCAGCAGCCGUCACGGCAUUAGCGUUGCACAGCGAAUGGGGUUUGCUCGCCGCUGGUACCGCACACGGGCUCGCGGUCUUCGAUUAUACUAGAACAAAGCCCGUCAGUGUCAAGUGCACGCUUAAUCCAAACGAUCUUUCUGGUGCGGGUGACACUCCUAUUUCUCGGCGAAAGUCAUUCAAAAAGUCUCUUAGGGAGUCCUUCAGAAGAUUGAGAAAAGGACGUUCGCAACGUCGAACGAACGCUAAUAGUCCUACGCGAAAUACAGUUAUAGAAAAGAAGAAAGAAAGCACCAGCGUUACUUCUUCACCGAGCGGAGAUUUAUCGCCGGCGGUGGAAUUAAAGCCAGUGGAGAGACAAGUGGAAGCGAGACCUGUUGACGAUGCUCUAGGCUCUAUGGUUCGAUGCCUGUAUUUUGCCCGAAGUUAUAUUAUUAGCUUGCAAAAUACAACACCUACACUUUGGGCGGGCACUAACAACGGCACAGUUUACGUCUUCACGUUGGCUAUACCAGCUGGUGCGAGAAGAACGGAAGAGGACGUCAACUGUACACUCGGUAAGGAGAUACAAUUGAAGCAUCGUGCGCCUGUAAUCGCGAUCACGAUCCUUGACGGAUCCAGCGUGCCAUUACCGGAAUCCUACGAGGCGGAGAAGAACAUGGUGCCUGCGCCCGAUAUGACUUCCCCACACAGAGUUGUAAUCGCCAGCGAGGAACAGUUCAAGAUCUUCAAUCUUCCAUCCCUGAAGCCGCACUGCAAAUACAAGUUGACCGCUCACGAAGGGUCUAGAGUGCGAAAGACAGGAUUCGCCAAGUUCUCGUGUCCUGUCGAGCCAGAGGGAAUUCACGAAGAGACUUGCUUACUCUGCUUGACGAAUCUUGGUGAUUGUCUGGUGCUGAGUAUACCAGAACUGAAGAGACAAUUAAACGCCGCUGCGAUUAAGAGAGAGGACAUUAACGGUAUUUCUUCCUUAAUAUUCACGAAAGCCGGAGAAGCGUUGUAUCUUCAUUCGAGUUCGGAACUCCAACGAAUUUCACUGUCAGCUGGAAAAGUAACGAAGGCGCAUUGCGUGCUCAAUUUACCACCGCGCGCUAGGUCGUUGACAGAAAGGACAGAAAACGCUAACGAAGUCGCACAGGAACAAGGUGUCGUCGAGGGCGCGCCUGAAACCGAAGGAGAGACGCAAGAGAGUCAACCAUCGAAUCGAGUCAUCACGGAAAAUGGCAUAGUGGGUGCCACUGGGGAAGAAGAAUCUCCGAAGGAACCAUCGCUGCGAGCGGCCACGAGUAGUAUAGACGUAAAUGGAGAAGACGAUCGUCAGGAUUUAAGUUCUAUCGGAGACAUUACAAUCGACAGUGUUAAAGAUCAUUUACUUAACAGUUCACUUUUCAGAAACGCAACGUCUUCCGAAGACCUUCACAAUCGUUUGGCAGGACUUAAGAUGGAGGUCACUUCACGAACUUCCGAGGUAUCUACGCAGAAUCAAUCAUUAGUGGUGAAAACCACCACUGUGGUUACUCAAACUACAAAUAGCACGACUGCCAAUGGCGAAGUCGAGACGAAUCAAGCCAAUGAAACGCAGCACGUUAACAGCACUACGGUAGAACGAGAGAUACGCAGCGGUAUCGAGACAACCACAACACACGCCACCAUCACUCUACCCCCGAAUGUCGAGAUUAGUGCUGCGGAUCUGGCCAACUUGGAAGUCACUACGACUACAGUGACUACUACUACAGAAAGGUCCAAGGCACCAUUAGCUAGGCCAGAGGAAGUUGGUUCGUAGGCCUGUUCCAUAUCCAUUUCAUAUGAAGCUGAUCAUGCAUCGCGAUUUUGCGCUCCGUUUACAGAGCCAUCAGUAAUUCUUAUCCAACCAAUGUGUAUACAGCGGCGACUAUAGAUAGGAUUUAUAUAUCA